AUGCCAUCCUUCAAGUCCGUUCAAGUACACACCAAAUCUAAAGAUUUUCGUGCUGCAACCAAAAUCGUCGAUGUUGCUGAUAUUCCGACCCCAGCCGCUGGCAACGUCGUAGUUAAAAACCAUUUUUUGGGCAUCAACGCCACCGAUAUCAACCUCGCAGCUGGUGCCUACAUGCACGCACUAUCGCCACCGUUCGGCUGCGGUUUAGAGGCUGCCGGAAUCGUGACUGCUGUUGGUGAAGGGGUCCCUGACAUCAAGGUGGGGGACGCUGUGGCUUACCAGAAGUUUGGGGCCUUUGCAGAGUACGUGGAGGUGCCCUCGGUCAACCUGAUUAAGACUCCGGAACUGUCAGCUGCAAUCGUCACCAUGACAGUCGGUGGCGUCUCGGCAUCAAUUGCGCUGGAGCAGGUCGGAGAGAUGAAGACCCAUGAGACCGUGUUCGUGUCAGCUGCUGCUGGCGGUACUGGCCAGUACGCCGUACAGCUCGCUAAGCUUGUGGACAACCACGUGAUUGGCACGUGCAGCUCAGACGAGAAAGUGGACCACCUAAAGAAAAUUGGUUGUGACCGUGUCAUCAAUUACAUGAAGGAAGAUGUGGACUCUGUGCUGAAAGAGGAGUAUCCGAACGGCGUCGACCUUGUGUUCGAGAGUGUAGGUGGCGACAUGUUUAAAGCUGUGACGAGCAAUUUGGCCACGCACGCGCGCGUGAUCGUGUUUGGCUUUAUCUCUGGGUACCACGAUGACAAGUCGGCUGAACCGAUGCUUGUGAAUGAGCUGAACUCGACGUUGCUGUUUAAAUCGGCCAGUGUGCGCGGUUUUUUUCUGCAUCAAUUCGCCGAGUUCAUUCCUUCCCACAUUGAACGUCUCCUGAAGCUAGUGGCCGAUGGAAAGCUAAAUCCUGGUGUGGACCCGACAAAGUUUCGCGGUCUGGAAAGUAUUCCAGAGGCGAUUGAUUUCAUGUAUGCUCGCAAGAACAUUGGCAAGCUUAUUAUUAAGCUGGAAUAA